UCUAAUCUCUUCUCAUCCGAUUCAAUCUCAAUAGUCAAUACCUAUAAAAUCGAAAAUAAAGAGGAUUUUGUUUACUUUUGAAAUUCUACUUCAUUUACUAUUACUCCCAUAUAUAGACGAGAUAGAAGCAGAGUACAAGAACUCACUCGACUCUACAAAUAAUCUGCUUUCUUCCAACCCGAUCAUUCUAGGUUGCAGUAAUCAGACGGGAUGGCAAAGAGUUCAUUCAAGCAACAGCAUGAACUUGAGAAGAGGCAGGUUGAGGCUCGCCGGAUUAGGGAAAAAUAUCCGGAGAGAAUUCCAGUGAUUGUUGAGAAGGCAGAGAGAAGCGACAUUCCAAACAUUGACAAGAAAAAGUAUCUCGUCCCUUCUGACCUCACGGUAGGACAAUUUGUGUAUGUGAUUCGCAAAAGGAUAGAGUUGAGCGCGGAGAAAGCAAUUUUCAUAUUUGUUGAUAAUGUCCUCCCGCCAACAGGAGCACUCAUGUCUGCCAUAUAUGACGAGAAGAAGGACGAAGAUGGUUUCCUCUAUGUCACCUACAGCGGGGAGAACACAUUCGGUGACAACACCAUGCUUUAGACCUCUCCAAUACUGCCACGGGAAAACUUUCUUUGCAGCUUCACCAUUACUGGAUCAAAACCACUUUCACUUUUAUCGUUUGCUUUACAGAUAAUAGUUUUAGCUUCACUAUGUAUAGCAUUUAACUGUGUAUAGUUGCAGACAAGUUGACUAUAUUCCCAGAAUGUGGUAGAUUAUCUUAAUAAUUAUUUGGAUUCAACCUUUGUUUA